UGAAACGAGAAAAACAAUGAAGGCGAUUUCUUCCCGUUGGCAUUUGUUUAAAAUGGGAAAUAUGACGUCGUGUUUUAACACAAUGUUGUUCUUCGUGAUAUUUCAUUUUAGUUUUGUACUCUGUGAUAUAACAGACGGCAACACAGAACACCUGAAGCGGGAGCAUUCGCUUAUGAAACCCUACCAAGGUGUUGGCAGUCAGUGGGACUUCUGGGGAAGCACCUUAGUAACAGGUUCCUAUGUCCGCCUCACCUCCGAUGAGAGAAGUAAACAGGGAUCCAUAUGGAAUACCGUGCCUUGCCACCUGAAGGACUGGGAGAUGCAUGUGCAGUUCAAAGUUCACGGGUCAGGGAAGAAGAAUCUUUAUGGUGACGGCAUUGCAAUUUGGUACACAAAAGACAGACUGCAUCCAGGCCCUGUUUUUGGAAACCAGGAUCAUUUUGUUGGCCUGGCUAUUUUUUUGGAUACCUUCCGCAAUGACCUCCAUGGAAUGGAUCGUUCCUUCCCUUACAUCUCAGCUAUGGUGAACAAUGGCACAGUGGGCUAUGACCACGGCAAAGAUGGCCGCUCCUCUGAGCUCGGAGGCUGCUCAGCCGAUAUCAGGAACAAGGAACAUGACACGUACCUUGCCAUCCGCUAUUCCAAAGAAAGACUCACUGUCAUGGUGGAUGUGGAUGACAGAAAUGAAUGGAAGGAAUGCAUCGACAUCGGGGGUGUCCGUAUGCCAACUGGUUACUACUUUGGGUCAUCUGCAGCCACAGGAGAUUUGUCUGACAACCAUGACAUCAUCUCCAUGAAGCUAUACCAGCUAAUGGUGGAACACACUGCCGAGGAAGAAACUCUGGACUGGACCAAAAUUGAGCCCAGUGUCAGCUUUCUCAGGUCUCCAAAAGACAACAUUGAUGAUCCUACCGGGAACUUCCGUGGCACACCACUCACUGGCUGGAAAAUAUUCCUGCUCCUGCUGUGUGCCCUUCUGGGUAUCAUAGUUUGUGCUGUGGUGGGCGCCGUAGUGUUCCAGAAGAGACAGGAAAGGAACAAGAGGUUUUACUGAGCAGAGAGAGAGGAAGUAUGAGAGAGUAAAUGAGUGAAACCUUAUGGAUAAGUAGUGAACUGUCUGAAAACUACGGAUUGAACACUUUCAAUGUGAAAUUCUUUUUUUCUAAAGAUUGUACAAAUGUUUAUACCAUUGAAGCACUGCAUUGAAAGCAAGUUAUGCUAACUUCUGAUAGCUAUAAAUUAGGGCUGUGCGAUAUGACGAAAAUCUCAUAUCACAAUAUUGAACAUUCAUAUCACGAUAACGAUACAUAUCACGAUAUAGCACAUUUUCUGUAAAUGCAGUGAAUAAAUAGUUUAUAUAGAAUGAGAUCCCUCCUCUGUUGAGCUCCCUGAGGUUUCUUCCUAGUUUUUCCUCCCUGUUAAAGGUUUUUUUUUAGGGAGUUGUUCCUUAUCCGAUGCGGGGGUCUAAGGACAGAAUGCUGUGUUGCUGUAAAGUCUCUUGGGGCAAAACUGUAAUUUGAGAUAUUGGGCUAUACAAAUCAAAUUGACUUGACUUGACUAUAUACUCGACAGAUAAAAGGUACUUACUCAGGUAAGGUACCCUCUCACUUAUUUAGAACUUUUUACAAAUUUUCAAUUAAGCAUGUAACAAAAUAUUGUAACGUGCAUGGAUAAGUAGACGCGUUGGUCCCUGACUAACGGGUCGGACCUUUUAGUCGACUGGUUAACGUUGUCGCUUGUGGAAUGGGAGAUAUGGGUUUGCGUCCCGCCUGUGGCGGUUCCCGGACUGCCCCCGUAAGUCGCUACAAUAUUGUUGCAAAGUACAGUUUUCUGGUCCGUGUCAGACUUUUCAUACCCAACCCACGUCCAUAUGAUAGAAGUAGCCCCUCUUUUAGGUACAAGCUCCUCGUUUUGUCCUGGCUGGUCAGAGUCCUCCUGUUCGGAAUUAUCCCAUUCUGCGUUACGUUCGCUGUCCUCCAUGUUUGUUUGUAUUGCCUUAAUGCAAAUUUCCUGCCUGCGUCCGUGCUGUGCAACGAGCGGAAAGGGUCGUCCAACUGAUGAAAAAUAUUGCCGUAAAGAGUUUGAUUUGCGACACAGUGAAAUAAACGACAGAGCUUAAUACAAAACGAUAGAUGUUUUUUAUCGUCACACGAUAUAUAUCGUCAUAUCGCACAGCCCUACUAUAAACAGACUAAGCCAGGGCACACAACUCAUUGCCACGCUGUUACGAGUGACACUUCAUUGUUGUUUUUACACUCUUGCUCUCUGUAUUUGGUUUUGUUUUCAGUACAGGGUUAUUGUAUAACAACAGAUUUACUGUCACUUCCAGACUUUUAAGUGUUUGAAUCAACCAAGUUUCUUCAAGAGAUUCUGUUUAUACUGUUGUUUUAUUGGGGAAAACCUGUGGUUCUUAACCUUUUCAGUGAUCAGGCCCCUCCAAAAAAGAAAAAAAAAAUAAGCAAAGCCUUCUUGUCACUUCCUCAAAUUAUUGAAAGGGGCC